AUUUUUUGUAAGCAGAAUGGCUUUAACUGUGUGAGUAAGUUCCCGGCCACGUAAUACAUUCGUUUACCCCCUUCCCCUGCAAGGCGGUCUACAUAUAUAUGAUCUAAAAUCUGAUUGGGUCCGAGUGCCGUCGGCUCACGUGGUAUCUGAGUUUACCCCUUCCACUGUUAUGUGAGGUCCAGAUAUUUUAUGCCAGGGUUGGUAAUUUCACGAUUUUCGAGGUUUUUGACGUAUAUUACCACAGAUGAGCAUCUCUGAUAUUACAUAAAUCAAGUAGUUUACCGUAGAAAACGUAGAAAACCAGCAGAAAACGUAUUACCUUUGUCCGUAAAGAGUCGUGACCUGCAGGAAUUUUCUCAAAAUCUCAUAGCAGUCAAUAAAUUAAGUGUUCCAUUGAAGAUUUGAAGUGAAUUAGUGUAUACACUUCUAUGAAAAAUUAGUUUUACAUUAUUACACUUGUACAAUAGACCACUGGAUUGCUUAAUUUUCGUAAAUAAUUAAUUAUAAUACUUUAUAAAUAUUUUAUUUUGAAUUAAAAUGACCGUGGUAGACUUUUUUAUUCCUCUAAGGAAAGAUGAAUUACUAGAAUCGCACAGUGGACAAUAUAUUGUGAAAAAUUUAGUCCCAUUACAUGCAAUAGGAGAAGCACUUGAUGGGUACUUUGAAAGAAUGAAUGAAACUGAUCAGAAACGACUACUACAAUCGGAGGAUAAACGUGUUGGACAAAUAGAUGAUUUAAACAAUACACAACAAGAUAAGGAGGAUCCUGAUUGGUGGGCCAGCGACAGUGGGUCUACUUCUGAAUCAUAUUAUUCUGAUACCGACAGUUCUGUGGUAGAAUGGGAAUCAGAAAUAGGAGCAAUGGGAGAAGUGUUUUAUAUAGAAUCAUUGGUGGAUUGUUUUAACAAUGAAGAAAAUGUAAAGAAAGAUACGUCAAAGUCUCCACCAUGUGAAUUGACAAGACGACGUAGUACAAGAGCUGGCAAAUUAAUGCGUCUCAUCAGGCGUAGAGAGAGCAAGAGGUAUAGCUGUAAAAGGAAGUCACUCAAUCUUGCGGCGGAGAAUAGUGCCAGUGGCAACAAUAAAGAAGGAAAUAGUACCAAGGAAGUCACUUUUAGAGAUUGUCAGGCUGGAGAAAUACGAGAUGUUACGCUAUGGAUUGAUACCGAUAAAAGGCAUAAGUUAGGAAGACGUGCUACUUUGUGUGAAGCAUAUUUGGGAAUUAUCCCAGGUGUAUUCUCAGAUAAAGUUAGAGUAAUGGUUGCUGGAUUUAUUCCUGAUGGAGAAGCUAUAAAGAAUAAAAGUAUUAAAAUUGGAGAUUGGCUUCGCAGUAUAAACGCCAGAAAUAUUACGUUUCAAAAUUUGGAACAAACACUUUCAGGAAUUUCAGGACUGAUAAGUGUAAGACUAGAACUACAAAGAAUUGCUGGCAUUGAUGUUACAGCUAACUUACCAGAAAAUAAUUUUCCUAAGCAAUCGCCAAGUGUACAACAAUUGGUAGACAAAGAAGGAAGUAAACAUCUUAUGGAAUCCUUGUUAAACUAUUCACUAGGUGUGAUAUAUUUAAAAACAACGGGAUUACCAGAAACGGGACCAGAAUUGCAAGGAAUGCUUUAUACAUUUCCUCAAUUGGAAAGUAGAAGUGUAAAUUCUAUACUGUUUCUGAGUAGGGGAGCUUUUAUUACACUUGACCACAUGUUACCAGGUAUAGCAGGACUUCAACCUAUCAGCACAACAAUACGUGUUUCAAAAGAGGAUGUUCAUGUUGUGUACACACCUCGAGGCACAGAAUUACUUUUAAUAGCAUUCCCAGAUAAAUGUUGCAGUCUUCAAGAGGCAGUAGAAUUGAACGCAGACAUCGUACGAGUUUUGGAAUUCUGCCAUCAAACUCUAUCAAAGUGUUUCUCCGAAGAAGAGAACCACUGUUCUCUAGAUCAUUUUUUUACAUUGAAUUUUUUCUAUUUACUGAGAACAAAGGAUCUUACAGUUGACAUAGAUCUAAAUAAAACGUUUCCGGAAGUACAAGACGAAGGAAAUAAUACAAAGAAGUAUGAGUUUGAGAGCAUCAUGUCAGCUGCGCAUCACGUGCGAUUACCAAGAGAUGCGCAAAUACAAAUCGAUGCAGCAUUGAAUGAGAUGGAAGCAAUGGAUUACAGAGAUUGGAACGAAGAUCCAAUGGAUUGUCAAAGAUUAUACACGAUCCUUGGUAGCUGUCUAUAUCAUAAAAGCUAUUUAUUGGGCUCUCAUUUACCACACGAGGAUCUGAUAGAGGUGCACUCUUUUCUCCGCCGGAAUGGCCUUUUAAGUUUAAUUAGCAAAGAACCAUUGAAGACCUUAGUGAUCUGGAGAAAAGUUUAUCCCUUAUCAUGUGGUCGAGGACAUUUAGAUGGUGCCAGUAGAGCAUUACAGGUGCCAAAUGGACAAUGGUUUCUACUUGUCGUAGGAUAUGACCAUGAAUUACUUGCAGUACUGUUGGAAUCUGGAGGGUGUACUGCGAAGCUCAAAGAAAACACUGGUCCGGAUAUUUUUUAUGUAGAAGAAGCGCAGGAAACAUUGAGACAUAUUCAGAAAAUUGGUGUACCUGCACUAGUUGCAAAAUGGCUUUCGGCUAAUGCUAGGCCAGAAACGGUGAUCCUGGAUGACCGUUCGGCUAUCAAAUCAGCUACCAGUAUUACUGAAAAUUUACUUGGCCUUAUUAAAUCAUCCGAUGCACAAACUUCUUCAGUUAAACCGAAUGUUAAUUCUACUGUGGGUAAGAAAUCUCAAGAAGUUGCUUCAAUACUGAAGAAACGUAAUCCCGAACAAAGCCCGAUAAGAUCAAAUUCUACAUAUUCUUUACAAACAUCUGAAGACUCAAUGAGUCAGGGAACAGGAGCUAUCAGUGAAGUCAGUGACGAGGCAGUGCCCAUAUUGGGAAGACGAGCAACGCGGGAGAAAAAUAAUGCAUUGUCUAGGCACUCUGAUGACAGUGAUUCUGACGUUGACAUAUACAGGAAUGACUGUCAAACGAACACUAUGGAUAUAUCUGACAUACGUGAGAGUCUCUUGACCCAAGCCGAAUACAUUAUUCCAAAAAAAUUAACAUCAGGUGAAAAUAAUUACUUGUUCCAUUAUGUUCAUUUAGACAUGCUCGAAGGUGUUCUACUGUCGACGAAAGCAUUAAGCAAUUCAUCAAAAAAUGAAAGUAUUUUAUAUAAUUUUAAUAAAUGCGCCCAUGUAAUCCAUAAAUUGUUAAACAAUAAUGUAAGGUUUAAAAAAAUGUUGAGCCAAGAAAUGGAUAAAUCGGUAAUCAAUAAGAGUCUGAUUGCAAUUAAGGAACAUGGUGUCAUGUUCGAUUGGGAAGAUGUUACAUAUUGGGUAAUUGGACGUUUAUACACCGUUCCUCAUCCUAAAGAAUUGUAUGUGUGUUAUGAAGACAUUGCUCCGCAGAACCUAAUUGAAAUGGCUUUUAGAUUAGAUUCUAUGUGGAAUUGAGUAAAUAAAUAUUUAUGUAUAUUAUGUAAAAUAAGUGGCCUAUUAUACUUUAAUUAUAUAUCAUUGAAGUGUAUUUUUUGAUAAUAGUGUAGUAUUUUAUAUCACUUAUAUUGUUUAAAGAAUGAUACAAGAUGGAAAUAGGUUUAAAAUAAAAUUAACUAUAAAAGUAAUUAAAUUUAUGCAUGUAAAACUUUCGAAACAUGAAA